GUUAAAAGGGGUAGCCGAUCAAAGGAUGGAUGCCGGACGGAUUUCAAAUUGAAAGCCGCUCACGUGAACCCACUGCAGUAAGCAAAGCACAGGCCUCAGUGCUAAAGUGACUGGAGUCACUGGACCAGCUGAGCCCCUGAAAAAAAAGAGUACUUGGUACAAAGUACCAAUCGAUAUCUCGGCGGGAUUCAUACAUAUUGAGCCAAUCCCGCACUUAUUCGUAUCUGGCAAUUCAGAUCCUAGACUCUUUCGAAUCUGAUUACUGCGUUUCUCUUCUCCUAUCGUGUUUAUGUAAACAUUGUUAUUUGCCAGAUCGCUUCAAUCCCGUGGUCGGGAAUUGUGGGUUUCGUCUAUUCCGGACCGUCCGCUUCGUCGUAUCUUUUUUGCAUUGAGAAACCGACCCAAGCUUGCUUGAUUCCUGCCUGCCUGCCACCCAAGUUUUCUUUGGUUAUAUCCGCUAACUAACCUAGGUACCUACCUACUUUUGCCUUUGUAGCUGGAUGGACCUAGCUGGUGGUGGUCUAGCCCGGGUCACGGGCACGGGGCCCAUGUCCCCCCCUCGUAAAUCGGCACCGUACGGCCAAGCCUGCACGAACUGCUCCAAGGCCAAGUGCAAGUGCAUCAGUCGCGGGGGCCCUAGCGCCGUCUGUGAGCGCUGCCACCGCUUGGGCAAGGAGUGCGUCCCCUUUGCCGGCGUGCGCAAGCGUGCGGCCAGACGGCCUGCUGCGGAGAGGACGGCGCAUCUGGAGGAGAAGCUCGAUGACUUAGUCUCGAUACUCCGGGCCCAGGCCGCUGGGAAUCCGACGGCGGCGGCAGCAGCAGCACCGGGAAUGCUUGGAGCUGCUGCCGCCAGUGCGGACCUCACGCCGCCCGCUAGCGUUGUCGUUGACCCGAAUCCCGUCUCGGCCGCUGUGUCGACCGGCCACCACAAGCCGGGUUCCGAUGGUCGCGGUCGCACAAUGCCUCUCACAACCAUGACGCCCGUGGUGGACCGUCCCAUGCUGUGUGAUGGAUAUCCGAUAAACUCUUCGUAUCCUACUCCUCCAUCCGUAGCUUCGUCUUCGGACCCUGGUCUUUCCCCGGCAGAGGCCGAGGAAGCGCUCCGUCUGUUUCGGGACCACUUUCUUCAGUACUUCCCAUUUGUGUAUAUUUCUCAGAAUACCACAGCUGAUGAACUACAAAAGACGAAACCUUUCCUGUGGCUGAAUAUAGUGACCCUCUGCUGCAAGUCACAGUCGCGGAAGGGGGUGCUCAGCCAAAGGGUCAGAGAGAUCGUCGCACAGAGGAUGCUGAUUGAUCUGGAUCGGAACGUGGAUCUGUUACUUGGACUCCUCACUUUUCUCGGUUGGGGCAUGCACUAUUUCAACGGCAAACCGUAUAUCGUGGCCUUGGUCAACCUGGCCGUCACCAUCGUCACGGAUCUUCGCCUGGACAAACGACCGCAAGAUAACUUCUUCAGGGAGCUGCACUGCUUCAAGCCUACUUAUCCCUACCCCAAGACAGCGCUCCCCGCGACUCGCUCGAACGAGGAAAGGAGAGCUGUGCUGGGGUGUUUUAUUAUUUGUUCUAGCAUAUCCAGCUUCCUAAGAACGCAAACGAUGCGGUGGAGCGCCCACAUGGAGGACUGCCUCCAGAAGCUUGCGGCGAACCCAGAAUGCCAGAACGACGAGUUGCUGGUGACGAUCGUCAAGACGUACAAGAUCCAGGAAGACAUCGCCUACGUGACGUGGCGGUCGGUCGACUUCCCGGGCACGAUUAAGCCGCCCCCCAUGAUCUACGCCAAGGCGCUGCGUGCGUCGCUGGAGACGGUCAGGAAUAGUGUUCCGCCCUCGCUUGCGAAUUCUAAAAUCCUCCUCGGCCACCUCUACGCCACCGAGCUCGCCAUCGCCGACAUGUCCCUCUGGCACGUGAACCCCUGGCUGACCACGCACCCCCUCAAGCCCAGCCCCGCCGACCGUUGCAGCAGCAGCACCACCACGACCACCAACGGCGCCAUCGACUUCGGCAAGCUGGAAGCGUACUACGCUUCUUUACAGGCGAGCAAGGCAGGCUUAGACAACUUCCUGUCGUUCCCCAGCCUCGAGUACGCGUACAUCUCGUUCUCGCCGAUGCUGCAUCUCGGCCGCGCGACGCAGACGCUGUAUAGGCUGCUCAUGGUCGACGACCCGGACUGGGAUCGGAACAUUGUCCGCGGCAGCGUGGAUCUCAUGGCGGCGGUCGAGAGGGUCGCGGAUAAGUUCGCGCAGGUGCCGCGGCUGUUUGGGCUGGAGCCGAGUGGCGGUGGCGGUAACGGUGGCGGGGGCGAGGCGGAGGAGUCGGAUAGCACGGACUACUACACGCGAGCGGCCAACGCGCUCCGCGGCACGAUUCCCCUGUGGAACGCCGCCGUGGAGCAGGUGGAGAACGGCGGGGUGGCGGCGGAAGGGGAAGGCGAGGCGGGGCCCGAGCCACCGGUCUUCGACCCGAGUCAGCAUCACUUGCAGACGCCGGGGAUCGAGUUUACGUCGAUGGAGUGGGUCGAUGACCAUUGGUUGACGGAUAUGCUGCGGUCGUGGGAGGGGGAGUAUACUUAGAGGUGCCUACCUGCCUGCCUACCUACCUAGGUAUCUUAGGCAGUGGUAAUGUUCUGAUCUCAUGGUGGAUUUGCUUUUACGAUGUACUACUAACUAUUAGACAAUUAGAUAGAGCUGAAAUACCCCACUGCUUUGGUUUCUUGGGAAUAAGGGCGGUGCGUGAGGAUACGGGUUAGAUCUCGUUUUUUUACCUAGAUAUACAUGCUUAUUCAUACUUCAUACUUCACAUAAUAUUGGUGUGCUUUUUGUGUCAUUGUCAUAGGAUUAGGGGUAGAAGAAAGCGUG